CUGAGGCAAACACAAGCCGCCGCAUCAUGUCCCUGCUGCUCUUCUCGCCGUGGUUAGAGGUCACGGUGCCUACAUGGCUGGCCGUGUUCGUCGCUGUGCUGUUAGUCAGCCGCAGGUUCUUGACCGGAGCCGUGAGCCAGCUACCGUUGCCCCCGGGACCGUGGGGGUUGCCUCUGGUGGGCUUCCUCCCGUUCCUGGGCAAGGAGUUCCACCGCACCCUGCAGGCGCUGGCGGUCACCUACGGCCCCAUCUACCAGAUAUUCCUGGGCUCCAAGCGAGUCGUGGUCAUCAGCGACCCCAAGCUGGUGCGCCAAGCCUUCAGCCAGGCCGCAUUCUCCGGACGGCCCGACACGGAACUGACCAAACUCCUGCAGGGAUACGGUAUCAUCAACUCUGCAGGUGCCCUGUGGCGUGAGCAGCGUGCCUUCCUACACCGCGUGUUCAGGGACUUCGUGCCAAGAAACGGAAGGCCCGGCAGCGUGGCACUCGAACAGAAGAUGCAGGUUCACAUCAGCGAGUUCCUGUCGUCGCUGGGUCCGUUCGAAGGCAGCUCGCUACACGUGCGCCGGUCUCUCGCGCGCGCCGUCAGCAACAUCCUCGGCUCGUUCCUCAUGAGCGUCACGUACUCGUCGCGCGACUCCAAGUUCGAGCAGCUGCUCGCGCUCUUCGAGGAAGGAUUCCGCCUGCUCACGCUCGCCGUGCCCGUGAACUUCAUACCGGCGCUGCGCUACGUCCCCGGUUCCAACUGGGCCUACCGGCGCAUUAAGCGCAACCGGCACCAGACGGCAGACUACUUCAGGCGCAUCGCCGACGCGCACCGGUCGUCCUACGUCGAGGGCACCGUUCGCGACAUCGUGGACGCGUACCUCGCCCAGCUGCGCAGGGACAAGGCCAGAGGCAUCCAGAGGGAGGACACGUACUUCUCCGAGGAGCAGCUGGUUCAGGUCCUGAUGGACAUAUUCAGCGCCGGCCUAGAGACCGUCACCUCGACCCUAGAGUGGGCCAUUCUUUUGUUGGUGCGUCACCCGCACGUCCAGCGGCGCCUCCAGGAGGAGCUGGAUGCCCACUUGGCGUCCGAAGGCGAUAGGCCCGCCAGCAUGGCCGACCUGCCCGCUCUCCCUUACGCACAGGCCACCAUCCUCGAGGUGCUACGACGUGCCAACGUCAUAGCACUCGGAAACGCCCACGCCACAACCUGCGACGUGGAGCUGGCGGGCUUCCGUAUUCCGGCGGACACUCACGUCAUCUCCAACCUGUGGGCCAUCCACAUGGACCCUGACCUGUGGGAAGACCCCGAAGAAUUCAGACCAGAGCGCUUCCUGGUGAACGGACGGGUCCACAAGCCGGAUUACUUCAUGCCCUUCUCUGUCGGUCGACGCAUGUGCCUGGGCAACCACCUGACGCAGAGCGAGGUGUUCCUCUUCCUCAGCAACCUGCUACAGCGUUACACGCUCGAGCUGCCCGAAGGCGAGCAGCCGCCUUCCAUGGAUGGCCACGUGGCGGUGUCGCACACGCCCCGACCUUUCCGGGUCAAGAUCACGCCAAGGAACUCAACCGCCACCGAGACCAUCCCCACCAGCGUAUUUGCCAGUGCCCAACAGCUCUGCAGCGGCCUCGGUUGAGUGGAACGCUUGGACAAUCUCACCAUGGCCCACCUAGCUACCAUGUUCCU